GCCUCUCUCAAACACACCCAUGGCCCAGACCAACGGCGCCUGAGGAAUUGCGAAAUACGUUUUUGGAGUUUUACUCUUCAUUUUAUGUAUCCUCGGGGCUUGCAGACCGCGUUGUGACCCUACCACCGUUUCGCAUCUUUCGCCGAACGCCGCCGCCAUCCCCGUCCUCCACAACCUGACAAAGAAGUGACAGGCUACGCAGCGCAUUCCUCUACUCCUGAUUCAUCGCGUCGCAUUCUCGACCAAACUUUGCGAUAGCUUGUAAGGAUCGAAGACAACAUCAUGGUCAGGUGUUUGACAAGAACGGGCUUCAUUUUUUAAUACGUCCGGUGUUCUAGACCUCUUCCUUUCCCCCUCUCCCUGGGUAGAACCCUGGCCCACCUCUGAGACGCCGUGUUUGGCUUUCUACGAGCUUUGCCGAGGGAACAUAGACGAGGUAACAGUGGUUAGGUGCUUGGGAUCAGCCCAAGCCCCUGGCAGGUGCUCUGGGGAUGGCUGGAGACCAACAACCUCCUGCCGUCUCGAGCCAGGCGAACGGCUCGGUGGACGAGAAGCGACCAACAAACCCUUACGAGACCAACCCCGAACUCAUUCCUGACGAUGACCUUUUUCUUGCGCGAAGUGUGCAUUACGGGCGGUAUGCGCCAUCGGACAAUGACUUCAAGCCUCGCCAUGAGUACUGGUGCCAGUCGGAUCCAGAAGUCAAGUCCUACUGGGAAGGCAUUGUGAAGGGUUUUUGCAAGCCAGAAAACUCACUGAAUGUUCCGGGCGCAAGAGACGCUUUCGCUGCUGGCAGCGUCAUCAUUAGAGUCGACCGUGAGCCCGAAGCCGAUGCCGCAGCGGAGACGUAUUCGUGCCUCAAUGCGAAUGAGCUCAGCGCAGCAAGGAAAGCCGAGGACGCCCUUCGAGAUCUCGACAUUACUGUUCCGGUGAUAUAUUUCUGUGGCACCAUCGAUAAUGAAAAUGUUACCGUGGAGUCAAGACUCUCAGGUGUCUCAUUGGACGUUGCUUGGAAGUAUCUCAGUGCUGAUCAAAUCGAAAACUUCAAGCAACAGUGUCGCCGCAUAUCCCAGCGCUUAGGAGACGUCGACGCCGCUCCCGACCGACCCUCAUAUGUUUGCAGCGGCCUCAAUGUGCAGUUUCCGCCCGACGUCCAGCAAGUCGAGAAGGAUGUUCUUUUUCGCGAGAGGAAGAAAGGCGAACGACUUGCCCUAGUACAUAACAACCUCAUCCCGGCCAAUAUAGUUGUGAACAAUGGUCAGGUGGUCGGGAUCACUGGAUGGCGACAAAGCGGGUACUUUGGACUUGAGCGGGCGGACGAAUUACAUCGCCGCAUCAGGAUUCCUGAGAUUGCGUCUGCCGGCGAAGUUGAGGGUUCAAUAAAUGUAUCCGUGGUAUGGGCCGAUAUCUAUGAAGGUCUGCCCAGCAUUGCCGGCGAGUCAGCAUCCGCGACGAAGCACAAUACACCCGUACCGCAAGUGAAGACCGAACCGUCGAAUGUGGAGUUGAAUGGCGUUCCUCUUGAUCAUGAGCCGGACCACAAAUCAGGGCUCCCUCAGCUCGAUGGUACAGCAUUGCCCAAUGAACACCCAACUCCGAAGAAGAUUGCCAGCCUCAAGAACCGAGAAACCUCCCAGGCGUCCUCUUCCGAUCGAUCCUCUCCGGCAGUAUCCACCAAACCUAGUGCCGCGACCAAGAAAUCCGGUAUCGGCCUCACUAAGAAAGGCACAGCUAGGAAACCCGCGGCCAAGAAAAGGAAGCUGACUGAUAUGGACAAUGAGAGUGUUACAAGCAGGCGAUCGAACACCCCUUCAUCGCGCACGAGCAAAGUAGCUGGAAGAGCCAAACGUGGUUCCGCGUCCAUCGCGAGCUCACCGGCGCCCGAAGCCAAAAAGAAGAACGCUAAGAGUAAUCUUGUGGAGGAAGUGGAAGAGGAGGAAGAAGAAGAUGAUGAUGACUCUGAAGACAAUGAUGAAGUGUUCUGCAUCUGUCGUAAGCCGGACAAUCACACCUGGAUGAUUGGAUGCGACGGUGGCUGUGAGGAUUGGUUUCAUGGGAAAUGCGUCAACAUUGACCCACGAGACGCUGACCUGAUUGACAGGUAUAUAUGUCCGAAUUGUAAGGAGCAGGGCAAGGGCUGGACAACCUGGAAACCGAUGUGUCGGCUGAAGGAGUGCAGAAAGCCUGCCCGUGUCAAUCAGGACAGUCCCAGUAAAUACUGCUCAGAUGAGCAUGGUCGAGAGUUCAUGCUUCAAAGGACUAGGCUCUUAUUUGUGAGCGCCGGGCCUGGCGCUCGGAAGUCAGCCGCUCGGACAGCUCUCGGUGGGCUGGGAUCCUCAACGAACAGCCCAUUUCCCGACAGCGCGUCCUCUCGAGAAGGAAGUGGCCCAGACACAGGCAGCGGAUAUGACAAUGUCGAGAAGAAUACUUAUCCAGAAGACCUCGGAAGCAGAGGUGGUGUUCUCACGACCGGAGACCUCAAGGCAGUGGUCACGGGCGUCAGCUCAGCGGAAGAAUUCCGCAAGCUGGGAGAGAGCAUCAUCUCGGUCCCUGCACCGGCGAAGGGCCCCGCUACAGGGACCAACGAGGAUAACAAGAAACUGGGCCUUGACUUCGAUGUGGAUUGGCUCACAUAUGCACCAGACGAGGCCGCGAUGAUCGAUAAGCUGCGCAAACAGCGCGAUAGCCUCGUCCAUCGCCGAGAGAUGCUCAAGGCUCGAAGCCAUUUUGUGAAUUUGGUGCGGCAGCGUUCCAAAUGUAUUCUAGACAAGCUGAAGCAGAAGGAACCCAAGGGCGGAUGGAAGGACAUCUGUGGCUUCGACUACCGACUGGCUUGGUCAGAUGAGGAGUUCGACGAGUGGCGCCUUUCAGAGCUGGGGGCAAAAGCACUUACGGUUGGCACCCCUGAGGCACUGGCGUCAAGCUACUCCGAUGCUACUGACGCAGAUGGCGAUACUGCCAUGGGAGAUGCGAAACCCGCCGGGGAUGAUCUGGAACAUCUAUCCCAUGGCGUUUGCAUCAAGAAACGCUGCGAGCGGCACAAGCAGUGGGUAAAGGUGCAACAGCAAGAUGGCCUUUUCGAAGAGAGUACCCUGGUCCAGGACCUUAAGAAAUGCGAGAAGGAGGCUCAAAACGUGGUGGAAAGAGCCGUUCUCAGGCUAUGGGCGGAGGAAGACAAUGCUCAGAUCAGUAACAAUUGAGGAUGUGCUUUCCUCAUGAUUUAAUCGCCAUUGUUUGCCUCGCGCAACUUCAUUACCUUUUCUUUUCCUUUUCUCUUCUUCCCGAAACUUUUUAAACCAUGACAUUUUGUCUUCACCCUUUCUCCCAAAAGGCCGCCCUUUU